UUUUACCGGGAAUCUAGUCUAGCUCAGUGGCUCACCGGCUCACCGGCUCACCCAGUCUGAAACUCUCAACUAUCAACAGUUUGUUGUUCUUGUUUCUAAAUUCUAAUGCGAAGGAUAAACCUCUUUCUCAAUUCCCAAAACCCUUGAACACUAGAAUAGUGAAGGAGAAGCACGAAGAUGAGCUUCACAAUACACAACAAUUCUUCCUCCGUUACUCUUUCAAGCUUACCUUCAUCUUCUUCCUCUCAAUUCCACACCAAAUACAUAUUCUCUCGCAACCCCAAAACAUCUUUUCUCUCUCUUCCACGUGUCCCUAUCUCCCACUCCGUCCUAUGCCUCGCCCGCCGUCGCAGCAACUCCGGCCGCCCCGCCACCGCCUCUUCCAAGAAAAAUAAGGGCCGCAAGAAAGAGGACUCUAAUAAAGGUGAUGACUUGGAUGGUGAUGCUUUCGAGGCUCUAUUUAAGCUACUUGAAGAAGAUCUCAAGCAAGAUGAGGAGUUGUUAGGUGAUGGCGAUGAUGAGAUUUCUGAAGAAGAGCUUGCCCUGCUCGAACGUGAGUUAGAAGAAGCACUAGCAGAAGAUGAAAAUAUGUCAGCGCUGUUGAGUCUGACUGCAAAGGAUGCCGUAGAAGGAAAAGGUGCUGAAGAAGAAACGAAAAAUGAAGUUGGAGAAGAUGGUGUUGGUGUUGGUGUUGAUGAUGAUGAUGAUGAUGAUGAUGAUGAAGAGGAAGAGGAAGAGGAAGAAGAACCAGUACAACUGAAAGGUUGGCAACUUCGGCGAUUAGCACAAGCACUGAAGGUUGGCCGCCGUAAAACUAGUAUAAAAAAUCUCGCAGCUGAGUUAGGUCUUGAUAGAGCUGUUGUUCUCGAAUUGCUGCGAGAGCCACCGCUGAAUCUGUUAAUGAUGAGUGCUGCUUUGCCUGAUAAACCAGAGCCUGCUGUCAUGAUUCCUGGUGCUGCAGACGUAUCAUCUGUUCCUUCUGAGGUGAUUGCUGAUUCUGCAGAAUCAGACGUGUCAUCUGUUUCUUUCGAGGUGAUUGCUGAUGCUGAAGAACCUGAACCUGUGGUCAAAACCCCCAUCCAUACCCUGCAAGACAGCUGGUCUUCACAAAAGAGAUUGAAGAAAGUGCAAGUUGAAACUCUAGAAAAUGUCUACAAGCGUACUAAGCGUCCCACGAACGCAAUGGUUAGCAGCAUAGUCCAUGUGACAAACCUUCCUCGCAGGAGAGUUGUGAAAUGGUUUGAAGACAAACGUGCUGAUGAAGGAGUGCCUGCAGAUCCUGCACAGCAACGCCCUUAUCGAAGAUCGUCUUCUGAAUCUGUGUUUGCACAAUAAAUUUAGGAAUUUUUGUCAGAAAGGACCUUUUAAAAUAAAAAAAUUGUGACAAAGGACCUUUUAAAAAAAAGUUGUGAGGUAGGACCUAAAUCAGAAUUUUUGUUGUGAAUAGGGACCAAGACCCAUUUUACGGUAGUCAAACCAUAUUCUCCGGCGUUGACCAGCACGUGCGUGGCACAUACCCCAUAAAACGAUUUUUUUUUAAUUUUCCCCUCCAAUUCCCCCUUGCAUGCCUACUGAAAAUCUAAAAUUAAAAAUCCCCUUUUCUCUCUCCUUCAUUGCUCUGUUCCUCGACAUUACCUUCUCAUGGCUUCUUCAUCUUCUUCAUCAGUCCGUUGCAUAUUGCUUAUGGAAAAUAAAAUAUAUUCAUUGCUUCCCUUGAUUUUCGUUGCAAUUCGUACCAGGUAAGAGUAAAAUUCCUAAUUGUUUUGGUCCAAUUCCUCCAAUUUCGUAACUUUCGAAAUUAGGGUUCAUAAGCUAAAUUUAUUUUCAGGCCGUAAUUGGUUGUUUUUAGACCAUACUAGAGGGUUGUUGGGCCCUUCGGAGGCAGCAACGACGACAACUCGAGUGUUAAUCCUCUUCAGGCCGGUGGUGUCGGUGGUUGCGUUUGUUUGAGUUACACGGUCUAGUAGGGUUGCAGAUGGCUUUAGGCAUUAGUGCAAGGAUUUUUUAGUUGAGUAUGGGAGUUGAAGUAUGGGAAUGGGGUUUUUUGAAUUUUGUUUAGGAAGUACCGAAUUUUCUUUUUCCAGAAGCAAAGAGCAGGUAAUGUCGAGGAAGAAGAAGCAACGAGGAGAGAGAAGAGAGUUUUUUUUAAGGUUUUCUAUAGGUACUUAGUGGGGAAAUAAUUAAUAAGUCGUUUUUAUGGGGGCACGUGCCACGCACGCGCUUGUCAACGCCGGAGAAUGUAGUUUGACUACCGGAAAAGGGGUCUUGGUCCCUAUUCACAACAAAAAUUCUGAUUUAGGUCCUACCUCACAACUUUUUUUUUAAAAGGUCCUUUGUCACAAUUUUUUGAUUUUAAAAGGUUCUUUCUGACAAAAAUUCCAUAAAUUUAUGAGUUACAUGCAUAAACUUUCCUAUUUUUGCUGAGAGGAACUAAGGAUGUAAUACACGGAGUAAAAAAAAAUUAAAAAUACUGUACAAAAAUUCGAAGGGUGGCGGGUAAAGAUGGCUGUGGGCCGGGCCCACGUUGUUUUGUGCUGUGUCGGGCCGGGCCGAAAAGCUAAAAAUAAGGCCCAAACCCACAUGCUUUCGUGCCGGGCCGGGCCGGGCCGUCGUGCAUAAGGCUAAUUUGACUAAAUUUAACGUGCA